GUUGUUAAUGGUUUCUUUUGGGAGGGGAAACCUGUUGGUAACCUCAAUAGCGAAGCUGCCCAUUCGGCUGCACUUGGUGAAAAAUGAUCCUCGUGAAGCUGUGGAGCGCAUUGCUAAAGGUAUGCCACUAAAUACAUUCGAGGAGUUAGGACUUGAUGUGUAAUUCUGUCUCAUAUGAAAUCACAACAUUCAGGGAUACGAUCACGGGUUGAUGUUGGUGUUAUCAACCAGGAUUCGCAUUACUUCAUUAACGUUGCUGAUGUUCAUCUGAGUGCAAAGGCAGGCUUUUACGCUUCAAAGUACAAGAAAUUUGGAAACUUGUGCUACGUAAUCGGUGCCCUCCAAGCUUUUAUGGGACAUCACAACCGAGAUAUGAGGAUCAAGGUUCAAUUGGCAGCAGCAGUUUCGCCGUAGAUACCCGGAUGAGUUCUUGGACAUUGCUAAGAACAAGAGGUCAGAAAAAGCCUGCCUAUUUACGGGUAUCAUGAGCAAUUGCUUCAGGCCGUGGAAGAGCAUCAGGUUCUUGUCAUUGUGGGAGACACUGGCUCAGGAAAGACAACACAAAUACCACAAUAUCUCCAUGAUGCUGGUUACACAAAGCGCGGAAAGGUUGGUUGUACACAGCCCCGAAGAGUUGCAGCUAUGAGUGUUGCUGCCCGUGUGGCUCAAGAGAUGGGUGUCAAACUUGGGCAUGAGGUUGGCUAUUCCAUUCGAUUUGACAAAACUGUUGUGAAGUAUAUGACUGAUGGAAUGCUUUUGCGUGAGCUGCUUGGCGAACCAGAUCUGGCCAGCUACAGUGUCGUUAUUGUAGAUGAGGCGCACGAAAGAGCCUUGUCAACCGAUAUACUGUUUGGAUUAGUCAAGGAUAUAGCGAGGUUUCGACCUGAUUUGAAGCUGUUGAUAUCUAGUGCAACAAUGGAUGCAGAGAAGUUUUCUGAUUAUUUCGACACAGCUCCGAUUUUUAGUUUCCCAGGAAGAAGGUAUCCUGUUGAAAUCAACUACACUAGUGCACCUGAAGCUGACUACAUGGACGCAGCAAUAGUUACCGUGCUUACAAUCCACGUGAGGGAGCCGCCGCCUAGAGAUAUAUUGGUCUUCUUAACUGGUCAAGAGGAAAUCGAAACUGCAGAAGAGAUGUUGAAGCAAAGGAUAAGAGGUUUUGGUACAAAGAUACGUGAACUAAUCAUAUGCCCGAUCUACGCAAACCUUCCAAGCGAACUCCAAGCGAACAUAUUCGAGCCAACUCCACAAGGACUUGUCGAGAGAGUGGAAAUAGAAAUCAGCUCAUCAAACAUGAACGAAUUGGAUUCGGUUAGGAAGUCCAUUGUAGCUGGUUUUUUCCCGCACACUGCGAGGCUGCAGAAGAAUGGAUCAUAUCGAACUGUGAAGCAUCCCCAGACGGUGCACAUUCAUCCCAAUUCAGGCUUAUCUCAGGUGUUGCCUAGAUGGGUUGUAUAUCAUGAACUAGUGCUCACCUCCAAGGAAUACAUGCGACAGCCAGAGUGGUUGAUUGAGUUAGCUCCACAUUACUACCAGCUCAAGGACGUUGAAGAUGGUAAAAAACCUUUUUUUUAUAUUUCUCUAUAGUUAUUUGUAGAAUUGAAUCUUUCGACUCUAACGAGAAAACCCAUGUUGAAUAAAUAAAUAUUUCACAUGCAUCAAAGAAAAUGCCCAAAGGAGCUGGUAAAGCUGCUGCGAUCUAACAAGUCAGACUGGAAACAACAGAUGUGGGAGGGGCGUAUAGAAAACUAACUUUGGCAGAUUGCUAAAAGAGCUCUCUUUACUACUAACUACAUUAACUUCUCUUUGGUGUUAGAAAAUAAAUAAUUACAAUGUUUAUGAAUAGUCCAAAUCAGUCAGUGACCACCUGUUCUUACAAAUCUCCACCUAAUUAUUAUCAUAUAUAUAAGGAAAAAUGAUUGCUGACUA